AUGCGUGCCUCAUCCCCGCUCGUCCUUCGGAGCUUGGGUUCGCGCACUGGAACACAAGCCUGCCGCCCUUCAAUCCUGCAGGUGUCAAGAGCACCUCUGAGACUUUCUUCUCGAUCAGUGGCUAGCUAUACCCAUCCUCACCAUGCUUCGGCGCUUUCGAUUCUCCCCACAGCCGUGGACACAUCUUCUCCCGUCUUCCGGGAAAACAGCCAGCAAAUGCAGGAGCUCCUCGAUCGGAUGAGUAGCCUGCACGCCAAAAUUGCCCAGGGAGGCCCGCAAAAGGCUCGUGAUAAGCAUGUCGCCCGUGGGAAAAUGUUGCCUCGCGACCGAGUCUCUGCACUGAUUGACCCGGGCACCUCCUUUUUGGAGCUGUCCCCUUUGGCUGGACAUGAGGUAUACGAGGGGGAAGACGUUCCCGCGGGUGGCAUCAUCACAGGAAUUGGCACGGUAGAAGGUGUCAACUGUAUGAUCGUGGCCAAUGACAGCACAGUCAAGGGUGGCACGUACUAUCCGAUUACCGUCAAGAAGCAUUUACGGGCGCAGGCCAUCGCCCAAGAAAAUCGACUGCCUUGCAUCUACCUGGUGGACUCUGGCGGUGCCAAUCUCCCCCAUCAGUCGGACGUUUUCCCUGACCGGGAUCACUUUGGCCGCAUCUUCUUCAAUCAAGCAAGGAUGAGCUCCAUGGGCAUUCCACAGCUGUCGGUGGUGAUGGGCCCUUGUACCGCGGGUGGUGCCUACGUUCCCGCUAUGAGCGAUGAGACCAUCAUCGUCGAAAAUCAGGGAACCAUCUUCCUGGCCGGCCCACCUUUGGUGAAGGCUGCCACUGGCGAGGUAGUAUCUGCUGAAGAUUUGGGCGGCGGUCAACUGCACUCUACUAUCUCUGGUGUGACCGACUAUCUGGCCGUGGAUGAUGCGCAUGCCCUGAUACUGGCUCGUCGCUCAGUGGCUAAUCUGAACUACCCAGUCACAAAGGUUCCUCAACAGCUUGAGGAUGUAGUGAUCAAGGAGCCUCUCUACGACCCGGCGGAGCUGAAUGGUAUUGUAGGAACCAACCUCCGCCGACAGAUUCCUGCCCACGAGGUGAUUGCGCGCAUCGUGGACGGCAGCGAGUUUGCUGAAUUCAAGCGUGACUAUGGCACCACUCUCGUGACUGGAUUUGCCAAAAUCCAUGGCCACAGGGUCGGCAUUGUUGCCAACAAUGGGAUUCUGUUCUCCGAGUCCUCUCUCAAGGGUGCUCACUUUAUCGAGUUGUGUGCGCAGCGAAGAAUUCCACUGGUGUUUUUGCAAAAUAUCUCGGGCUUCAUGGUCGGUGCGGAUGCCGAGAAGGGCGGCAUUGCCAAGAAUGGUGCGAAAUUGGUCACGGCCGUCGCCUGUGCUGAUGUCCCGAAAUUCACUGUCGUCUUUGGUUCCAGUGCGGGUGCUGGCAACUACGGAAUGUGUGGACGCGCUUAUUCCCCCCGUCUCAUGUUCAUGUGGCCCAACUCCAAGAUUGGCGUCAUGGGCUCUGAACAACUCUCCUCAGUCAUGGAAGCCGUGGGCAAGACCGCGGACCCAGCACUGAAAGCGCGAAUCGAUCGCGAAUCCGAGGCCAUCUUUGCUUCUGCUCGUCUGUGGGACGACGGUGUGAUUCCUCCGGCGCAAACACGGAAGAUGCUGGGCUUGGGACUGGCGGCUGCCAUGGGAGGGAAGGAAGAGCCGGAUAUUCAGACACGCUUUGGAGUUUUCCGGAUGUAG